AUGAGUGAACAACAAGAGCACUUGGGCAGCGUCAAUGAGAUCAGCGGUAGCAGCAGUCUGGAUUGCGUCAAACUGGCCAAGACAAUUGAAGAGCACCCAGAGUUGGCAUACAAAAGGAAUUAUAGUCUUCAUGGCUUCGAUGUCAUCCCUCUUUAUGAACUGGUGGCAAAAGGAGCCAACUUGCAAACUGUUGUAACUGUCUACGAUUUGGCUCCUGAUGCCAUUGAAUCUGCCUACCACGAGCAUCCUACUAGUGUCACGAGGCCGAGGACGAGGAAAAUCCAACCGGGAUUGGAAAUGCUUUCCAAAGAAAGGUCAAGACCCAGUGUCCUCUUGUUUCUGAUCGAGAAAUACCCAGAUUUGGUGGCCUCUCUGGAAGUCUAUGUUGCUGGCCGUAUCAUCCGCAAUCUCCUGUGCAAUGUUACCCACCUCAAC